CAUCCUUGAGAAGAGACCGGAGGGAUGUUCCCAGCUCAGGAAGAGGCCGACAGGACGGUGUUUGUGGGAAAUCUAGAGGCCCGAGUGCGGGAAGAGAUUCUUUACGAGCUGUUUCUUCAGGCUGGGCCAUUAACCAAAGUGACUAUAUGCAAAGACAGAGAAGGAAAGCCAAAGUCUUUUGGAUUUGUCUGCUUUAAACACCCAGAAUCCGUGUCUUAUGCUAUAGCUUUGCUGAACGGAAUUCGUUUAUAUGGAAGACCAAUUAAUGUGCAGUAUCGAUUUGGGAGUUCUCGUUCUUCUGAACCAGCCAAUCAAAGUUUUGAGAGCUACAUUAAGAUAAAUUCACAGAAUUACAGAAAUGAUGAAGUUGUGGGCAGGCCUUCCUUUCCCAUGCACUUCUUUCCACUUAACAACACAGCAUUGCCUCCAGAUUACUUCUCCUUGCAGAAGAUGUGGCACACAUUCAGUCCUGCACUCCAGCUGCCUUACUAUGAGCUGACAGCACCACUUCCUGCUAGCACAUCUGUGACCCCUUCACUAAAUCCCAUUCAAGAUCGAGAGGCUGGACCCAGUUCUUAUGAGUGGACUUGCCCACAACCAAGUGACCCUGACCUGUAUCAGGCGAACAAACGAAAGAGGCAAAACCAAAACAGUGAUAGUGAUAGUAGUGCAGAAAACAACAGAGGAAACAAAUAUAACCAGAAGUACCAAAAGUGUAAGAAGAAGAAAAGAUAUUAGUAUAACAUUCAAGUCAAAUUUAUCUACACUAAACUGAUUUCUCUUAAAAGAAAAAAAAAAGUGUAUUCUACUAAUUUCAAUUUCAUGGUUUUCUGGUCUUUCUUGAACUACAUCAUGAUAGGACAUGUGAUUUACUUUUCAAUUUUUGUCUUGAGUGACAAAAACAUAAAAAUUAGUAGAUUUGUAAUGGUAAUGAAGCUUUUGACCUAUGGUCAACAGAAAAUAGACCGUGAAUUAUUCUGUUUAAAUACUAUUGAUGUACUAAACUAUCAAUGAAAAGUCACUUACUGAGCACUUAGGAAUAAGUCACCAUGCUCUCCCAGAUUUUCAUCUGAAGCCCUCAGUUGUGAUUAGAAUGUAGUAGAUUUUCUGAAAGAAACCAGUGCAAGUGUUUAAGAAUUACUUGUUCCUAAUGAUGAUGGAACAGGCAGGCUUUAGUUUCUUUUGUUAAUGAGAUUUUUUGAUGUCAAAAUAUGUUUCUGAGCCUUACUAUCCUACAGAUAAUAUUUUACAAAAUACAGAUAGAUGACUGUGACACCAAAGGAAAGUUGCUUAUCACUGCACCAGUUUUUUAGAUUAUUGCCUUUCAUAUGACUAUAUAUGAGUACAAAUAACAGAUCUUUAUCCUUAUUUAUUAUUUGUAUUUUAUGAAAAUGAAUUGGUUAUGUUCAUGUUUAUUAUCCAUCUCUUUUUUCAGCUGGGUUUUGAGGGUAUACUUGACAUUCAUAUCUUGAUAAUGAACAAUAGAAAUAUUUAUUCAUUAUAUACAAAAUACUACUAUAUUUUGUGUAUCAUAUGUUUGUUAUAUACUGGAUUUGAAAGAGUAUAUUUGACAUUCAAAUCUUGGUAAUGAACACACUAAAUGUCUUCAUUAUAUACAAAAAUAUUUUGUUAAUGUAUGGUGUAAUAUUUAUCAUCAAAUCAAGUUUCUAUUUCUGGUUAUUUUUAGAAGGUAAAUAGACUAUAUGGUUUAUUUGUACAUUUUUGUAAUUUUGUAAUUCAUCGUAAACUAGAAUGAUGAAAAUAUUUAUGAAAACUAAUUAAAAGCAUCCUGCUGCUUCAUUGGGAAUUAGCCAUCCAGUUCACUAGGAAAAGCCUUGCUUGGAGAUUAAUUUUGCAUGUUGCUUAGCACUUUAUAGGUCUUUAUUAAUGUAAUAAAGAUUUUUUUUGAA